CUUUGGAUGUCGCGAGCAGACGUUAAGAGAGACCCUGGGUCACAUAUCGAGAGUAGCCCCGGACGGCGUUGGCACUCGAGCAAGUCACAACGCCAUGAUGUCAGCGCCGGGUAGAGGGUCAGCCCUGCUGAGGAGCUCGAGUAGAGUCUGCGCCCAGUGCGCUCGCACAACACCAAGGAGAACAACAACAGCUCCAAGUCCGAGACAGCCCUUACCAGUUCUCCCCUUACCUUUAGUUAGCGGCCGAUAUUAUGCCGCCGAAGCCGCCUCCGCCUCUGCAUCCUCAUCACCAACAGCCCCCGCGCCCCCACCCCCCGUAACCACCUCCUCCUCCGAGACCGAGACCGAGAGCGCAACGGCGACGGACCCGCUCCGGUACAAGAUCAAAUCCUCCCUCAUACUCACGCGGCCGCCGCUGCUCACGCGGGAACAGACGCCGUUCGAGUCGGCUUUCUACCUCUACCAGAAGCGGCUCAACGAGCGGCUAACGGCGCCGUUCUGCUCCAAGUUCUACUUCAAGCAGGACACGGCAGCCGAUCUGGACUGGCGCAUCAAGUUGCGCGAGCGCCACGGCGUGCCGGCCAAGGACAUCGGUCGGUACAACCCGCGCGGCCGCACGGCGUGGAACGACGAGGUGCUCGUGGGCAGCAAGACGUCGGACCCGCAGGAGGUGGUCGACCGGCUGCUGGCCGACGCCGAGGUACGCGUCAGCGAGGACGGCGAGCCUAUCGCCCCCGAGGAGCGGGUGCCCGUGGAGCGGCCCAUGCCGAGGCGGACCGAGGCGGACGAGAAGAACGACGUACGGCGGCUGGAUCGGAAGCUGGACCGCACGCUGUACCUGGUCGUGAGGAAGGGCGAGGGCGAGGAUGCCGUGUGGGAGUUCCCCGGCGCGAUCGUGCCGACGCAGGAGACGCUGCAUGAGACGGCCGCUCGUGCCCUCGCGGAAGCGGCCGGCGUCAAUAUGAACACGUGGAUCGUCGGGCGUGUGCCCGUUGCUCACCACAUCGUCAAGCCCGUGUUCCGCGAGGACGGCAAGGUCGCGGAGCGCGGCCUGAAGGUGUUCUUCCUCAAGGGCCGCAUCAUGGCCGGCCAGGCCGACCUCAGCGGUAACAAGCACGGCCUGACCAACUUCAAGUGGCUCACACAUGAAGAGCUUAAGGAGGUGCUGCCAAACGACUACUACCACAGCGUGCGGGGCAUGUUUGAGCUCAGGUAGACAGCGGCGUGAGCAGUCUCGCCGGAAAGCGAGACGGCUAAGCCCGACAAGGCAUAGCAAGUUAUGGCGACUAUCUCGCCCUGCUUGUUCUGUAUUGUAAUCUAGAAAUGUACCUUAUGUAUACAACAUGGUGAACUCACGGCCUGGUCUUGGCCAUGGCUCAGCUGUCUUGCUGCU